AUGGCGCAUGCCCAGCUCGCGCAGCAGCGGUUAUUCCAGCAGCAGCAACAGGCACGUCAAGCGCUUAUGGCGCAACAGGCCUUCAACGCGAACAUGGCCGGCGUCAAUGGGAUGCCGAUGGGAAUGCAGAUGAACCCCAUGAACGCGGCUCAACUUGCAGCAAUGCGGCAGGGCAUGCGACCGGCACAGGCCCAGCCUCAAGGCCCUCCUCAGAUGGCUCCCCAACCUGGACCGCAACAGAUGAACCCCGCGCAGCAGGCCGCAGCUCAGGCUGCCGUUGCCAACAGCAUGGCUUUGGCUCAGCAAAGGAGGGAAGGGAUGAAGGGACACUGCCUGCUCAAGCUCAUGCAGUUCAGCGAACACUUGAGCGGCUUUCCCGGAUCCAAGGGCAAGGACGACUUGUCCUACUGGAACAGCUUCGUCAACCAAUUCUUCUCUACAAAGGGUGUUUUCCGCCACUCCGUACAUAUUACGGACAUCGAAGACCAGGCGGACAAGCAAUACGAAAUCACAUACCCCGCCCUCCCGCGAUACUUCCACACGCACUUCGACAGUGGUGUGAAGAAUAUGCAGUUGAUUAUGGAGAAGGGGACUACGGACAGGCCACUACCAGGCGAUGGCCACUGGAUCGAGAAUACCAAGUCGAGCCUUGUCUAUUGGUUUGAGAGCGGUUCCCACCUUGUUGCAACGGGUACUGUUAGAGCGCACUUUGAUGCAGAGCAGAAGAUCGAGCUCUUUGAGUUCUUGACCAGCAACCACGAAGAAUAUAUUUCUCGAAAGGCCGCUAUCGAAGCUGCGAAGCCUGUACACAACUGGGUCAAGGAGUGGCACAAGGUUAACUCCCAAGACAGCAAGGCUUCUCCGGAGAUGAGCAAGAAGGGUAAGGCCCGUCCCAUGAAGUCUCCGCAAAAUCCUCCGCCAGAAGCACUGGUGGAUCUCCCGGAGUCGGCAGUCAAGAGGGGCAUGGGUGUUACCGAAGCCGUCUUCCAAUUCCUCGAGAUCGCUGAAGUGAUCGGCCAAAUGAACCCUCUAUUCGCCUUUUACCACACCCACCCUAGCCUCGGCCCGUACGCUGCCCUGGAGCAGUACGUCGGCCAGAUCAACGCCGCACCGCAAAACAUGAAUGGCCAGCCCAUGCCUCAAGGCCCGAGGACACCCAGCUUUGGUCAGUUCCCUAUGGGGGCGAGCCCAGCACAGCCGCACAUGCAGCUGCCUGGCUCGCCUCAUGUCCAGGGCAGCCCUGCUCAAGGUCAUAUGCAGGCACCCGGAAUGCAGAUGCAGCAGAGCCAGCAAGGCACCAGCUCCAGCGGACCUAGUGCAAACACGUCUCCAGCUUCCAACAAGCGAAGACGCCCAUCCGGUGUCAAGAUGGAGGAGGACGGCUCCCAGGCCCCGACUCCAGGCGGUCCUCAAGUCAAUGGUGUUCAGAACAAGGGCAAGCCGCCUACGCCGCGGAUGGCAAAAAGGAUGAAGGGCAACCCGGCGUGA